CCUCCGUGGGGUUUCCCUCUGCUAGCCUCUCCUCUGUCACGAUCUUUCCAGAUCCGUGUCCUCCUCCAAAACCUCCUCCCUCCCUCCUCAGUUGGACUUAUUACGGCAUGGGAUGUUCCUGUUUGCUUGAGUUCUCGUUUGUUCGUUCUCAUUGUUAGUUGCUAUGGUUUCUAAUUGAGUUACACACCUGUUCCCUAUUCUGUUAAUUAUCUUUCUUUGAGUAUUUAAGUCCUUAGUUUUUUUUUCCCCAUUAAUAGCGAUUCAUAAGUUGGUGUGCAUUUCACUAAAUUAACAUUUUUGUAAGUAUUUAAAACAAAAAUAUUAUAUUAAAAUUAUAUUCUCCAGCAUCAGUCGUUCUGCUGUCAUUCGGAUGAAUGUUAAUGAAUAGAGACUCCAGGACCUCAAUCAUAUCAGAUAUAUUUUGACAUGACUAUCUUAUUACUAUAGUAGUAAAAUAGUAAUUACUAUGGUAUAUUAUUACUCUCUAAUGUCUUUAAUGACUUUGAUAAACUGAUUUUGUCCAUGUCAUCAGACUGUCAUUGAUUGAUAUGAGCAAAGAAAGAGCUGGCCAAUGUAUUGGGAGUGUGUUUGCUGGUCUAGAUUUAAUAAGUAUGUUCAUCCCUGAGUUCCUGUGGGAUCCAUAAUACAGACCAUCACCAAAUCCCCAGCAUAACAGAUGGAGCAUCAGUCACUCUUUAGUCUCUGGAGUCGCACACUCACUGUAUAUAAGGACAGUUGCCACGGCCGUGCGAAAGCUUUGCCAGAUCGGCUCCACGUACAUCAUAACACCAGUGCAGAUCCACAUGAACAGCGCCUGGACUGGUCGAACUGCAGUGAUGGAUUCAGGUGUGUGGCUGGUGAUCGGCGUUCUGCUGGUGAUGACUGAUCUGAGCCAGUCCUUCCCGAAAGAGGAUGCGCUGGAGCAGAGCAAACACCCGCUGGAAUCACGUGAGGACUCCGACGGGAACACGGUGGAGAGUCGAGGGGCCACGGAGGAGCAGAUGGAUCAUCUACUGGAGGACCGUCUUCUGGUGGAGAUGUUGCGGUCUUUACUCCAGGACUCUCAGAGAUAUGAACGCAACCCUUCAGUGCUGCACCAGCCCCAGCGGUUCGGUCGAGGCGCUCUGAAUGGCGUGUCCACAGAGGAAAGGAUCCAGUCCCGGGACUGGGAGACGGUUCCCGGGCAGAUAUGGAGCAUGGCGGUGCCUCAAAGAUUUGGCAAAAAAUAACACCAAGCCAUCAUAAAAAUUUAGUGAUGUCUUCAGGGUAUUGUAUAAAUAGAAAGGUGAAUUAUUUGAUCAGAAACAUCUAAAAGCAUUUCAUUCAUUUCGGUCUCCACUACAUUCCCAAAUAAAAGAGUCAGCUCUUCUUUGCAUUUCAUGAAAUAUGUGAUAGUAACUAUAACACAUCAAAACAAUAAUAUUUAAGUGUAGUUGUUGUUUAAUAAGUUCUUUAUAAGUGUGAGGGAAUGUUUUGAUUUUUAAUCCAUUGUACUUGAUAAUCAUUGAAUGUGUUGUGUAGUGUAUUUUGUGUGUAUAAAUAAAUGAUCAGCUUUGCUUGUUGAGAGACA